UACUUGCGCAUGCAUUUAUAAAGUAAACAAAUUGCAACAUGACUAUAUGCAUGUCUAUUUACACAUAAGCAGUUGUGUCAAAAUCUUGUUUAGACAGCGAUUUCGUAUAUUAAUGUCUUUCAUCCAACAACUUUGAAAAAAUGUGCGCAUCCAAUUUAGAAAAAGCUUUUCAAAUUCUUUCUAAGGAAGCCCAGGAACUCUACUUGCCAACCCAAGUUGCCGAAAUACAAGAGAAUAAUUUAUCACCUUUAGAAUUUUACAAAAAUUACGUAUCAAAAAAUAUACCAGUUGUGAUAAAAGGUGGAAUAAAGCACUGGAGUGCCAUAGAAAAGUGGGGUAUAUCAUACUUUAAACAAAAGAUAGGCAACAAAGUAGUUAACGUAGCCGUGACACCUAAUGGUUAUGCAGAUGCUGUAUCUAAGGAAAGGAUCUUGAAUGGUUUUGGAGACAAAGAAUAUUUUGUAAUGCCAGAAGAACGUUACAUGACUAUGAACUCAUUUUUAGAAAAAUUAGAAAAUCCAUGCGAUAACAGUAUUUAUUAUAUACAAAAACAAGAUUCCAAUUUUGAAGAGUUUCAUGAACUUUGGAAGGAUGUCGAGAGUGACUUGUCCUGGGCAUCCGAGGCUUUUGGUACAAAGCCAGAUGCUGUUAACUUUUGGAUGGGUGACCAACGAGCUGUAACUUCAAUGCACAAGGAUCCAUAUGAAAAUAUAUAUUGCGUGAUUUCUGGAGAAAAAGAGUUUACAUUACACCCACCAACGGAUCAGCCAUGGAUCCCCUACAAAGGGUAUCCUUCUGCUUAUUACAAAGAAAUUGAAAAAGGAAAGUGGAUUACAGAACCGACGAGCUCGGAUUUAGAUUUGUUUAAUACAGAAGAAAAUGCAGAUUGUACAAAAACUGAUCAGGAUUCAGUAUCAUGGAUAGCAGUUGAUCCACUAAACCCUGAUUAUGAUAAGUAUCCAAAUUAUAAAAAAGCAAAAAAAAUAAGCGUCAGAGUUAACCAAGGAGAUAUUCUUUAUUUGCCGUCAUUAUGGUUUCACCAUGUAAAACAGUCACAUGCUUGUAUAGCUGUGAAUUAUUGGUAUGACAUGGAAUAUGACAUAAAAUAUGCUUAUUAUAAAUUUGUAGAAACUUUAUGUAAAUGAUACAUAAAAAGUGAUGAUUUAUCUCUUUCAA